AGUGCUGCCAACGCCCUGGCGGAGAAGCUGAGGUUAUCAUCGAAUUUGAAAUAUUUAAAGUGAAUACAAAACUGUUUCAGCAAUGCAGACAAUUAAGUGUGUUGUUGUGGGCGAUGGUGCCGUUGGUAAAACAUGUCUUCUGAUAUCCUACACAACAAACAAAUUUCCGUCUGAGUAUGUACCGACUGUUUUUGACAACUAUGCAGUCACAGUUAUGAUUGGUGGAGAGCCAUAUACUCUUGGACUUUUUGAUACUGCAGGGCAAGAGGAUUAUGACAGAUUACGACCGCUGAGUUAUCCACAAACAGAUGUAUUUCUAGUCUGUUUUUCAGUGGUCUCUCCAUCCUCAUUUGAAAAUGUGAAGGAAAAGUGGGUGCCUGAAAUAACUCACCAUUGUCCAAAGACUCCUUUCUUGCUUGUUGGGACCCAAAUUGAUCUCCAAGAUGACCCCUCUACGAUUGAGAAACUUGCCAAGAACAAACAGAAGCCUAUCACUCCAGAGACUGCUGAAAAGCUGGCCCGUGACCUGAAGGCGGUCAAGUAUGUGGAGUGUUCUGCACUCACACAGAAAGGCCUAAAGAAUGUAUUUGACAAAGCAAUACUGGCUGCCCUGGAGCCUCCCGAACCGAAGAAGAGCCGCAGGUGUGUGCUGCUAUGAACAUCUCUCCAGAGCCCUUUCCGCACAGCUGGUGUCAGCAUCGUACUAAAAGCAAUGUUAAAUCAAACUAAAGAUUAAAGAUUAAAAUUCGUUUUUGCAAAAAAAAAAAA